CUAUGGCGGGAAAUUUUUCUCGAAAAAGUUGAAACCCUCCCCCUCCCUCUCUCCCUCCAUUAAUCGAAGCGGGAAAGGUUUCCCAUCAUACGAAGCUCCCGAGAACAAUCCUAAUUUUCUUAACCAUUGUGUCGGGGUCUAGAGGACGAUCUUCGUGUUUUUUUCCUCGCGGAUUCCUCUGGGGUGUCUGGGUUGCGAUGGAGGAGCUUCCGAUGGUGAUGACCGGCGAAAAUGGGAAAACGAACGGACAGGGUCUGCCGAAGAAAUCGCAGAAGCGGAAGAGAGAAUCUUCUGCGGUAGAAAGCUUGAGCGACGCGCAAAAGCAAGCACAGAUCGAAGCAUUGAAGAAGGAAAUGGAAGGGCUUUUCGGGUAUUACAGAGAAAUGAUGGGUCAAGAUCCAGAUCUGGCUUCAGGGUUCAGCGAAUGUUCCUCCGUGAACGCCAUGGCGGCUGUUUUGAUGGAGGAGAAGAGUUUGCCAUUGUCGAAGCUGGUGGAUGUGAUUCACUCGAAACUAAAGGAGAAGAUGGAGACAGUGUCGGCGGCGGGGGUGAAGACCGCCGUCGUUUCUGUCGGCCAGAGAGUGAUAUACGGCGUGCACAAUGCUGACGCCGAUGUAUUGGAGGAUGAGACAGAGUCAUGUCUCUGGUGUUGGGAGACAAGGGAUCUAAAACUGUUACCCAAAGCUGCUCGUGGAACACUAAAAAUUCGUCGGAUUUGUCGAAAGAAGAUCCAUGAAAGGAUUACUGCUGUUUCUGCAAUGAUAGCUGCACUAGAAAAGGCGGAGAGUGAAAAAUCAUACAGAAGUAACCUGAACAAAGCUGCAGAAAAACUUGGUAAAGUACUGAGUGAGGCAGAUAUACGGUCAUUCAUGGAUAACAUGCUGCAGAAGAACAAUGCAGAGAUGGCUGAGAAAGAUGCAAAGCGAGAAGAGAAAAUGCUUAUUAAACAAAUGGAGAGAAAUAAACGUGAGGCUGAGAAGGAAAAGAAAAAAAUGGACCGUCAAAUGAUGAAAGAAAGAGUGGAAUAUGAAAAAGAGCAAAAGAUGCUGCAGGAGACAGAUAAUGGUGAAAAACAGAAAGAAAAGGAAGAGUCUGAGUCAAGGAAACGGAUAAAGAAACAGCAAGAUGACUCGGAGAGGGAACAAAAGCGAAGGCAGAAGGAGCAAGCUGAGCUAAAGAAGCAAGUUGCUCUACAGAAACAGGCUUCAAUUAUGGAGCAGUUUCUUAAAAGAAACAAAACUAUUGCAGUGACCCAGAAUGAACUUCCUUCUGAAGAAGUAACAGCUCCUGAUUCAUCAUUGGCAAAAGAUGAAAAUGCAACUGAAACAGUUAUCCAGGCUAUGGACUGUGCUUUUUCAGCAUCUUGUGAAACUAACAUUGAUGAUCUUCGUAGCAUGCACUUUGCUUCCUGGCGUCGGUUAGGUCACAGGAUACAUUCAAGUUUGAAACAACAUUGGGGUAUGCGUAAGAAACCUAAGAGUGAACUGUUUCCAGAACUAAAGCUAUCUACAAAUAAGGGACCAGCAAGUGACAAUGAGCAUGGCAUGGAGAAUCAAGAAGAUGUUUGGGAAGAGAAGAACUUGGGCAGAGAAUCAUGCGCUAGUCAAUGUGAUUCUUCGUCGUCCUCUGGUGUUAAGAAGUCCAGGAGGGCUGUACAGUUGUUACAAUUUGAUAAAAGCUACAGACCAGCGUUUUAUGGUAUCUGGCCACGCCAAAGUCAAGUCAUAGGGCCACGACAUCCUCUGAAAAAGGAUCCAGACCUGGAUUAUGAAAUUGACAGUGAUGAAGAAUGGGAAGAGGAAGAGCCAGGUGAAAGCCUUUCCGAUUGCGAAAAUGAGGAGGAAUGUCUGGAGGAAGGAUGCUCAAGAGCUGAUGAUGAAGAUGACAGUGAAGAUGGCUUCUUUGUGCCUGAUGGAUAUCUCUCCGAAGACGAGGGGGUGCAAGUGGAUAGAAUGGACAUUGAUCCUUCUGUACGGGAAACAAGUUCACCUGCUUCUAAGCAAGACCAAGAGAGUCAGGAUUUUCGUGCACUGCUGCAUCAACAAAAGCAUCUGCAUGGUUUGACAGAACAUGCGCUGAAGAAAUGUCAACCGCUGAUUAUAUGCAAUCUAAUGCAUGAAAAAACGCCACAUUUAACAGCUAAAGAGGUAGACGGGACACAGAAAAUGGAACAGAUAUGUCUGCAAGCUCUUGUCAUGAGGCCAUUACCCGGGUCUCCACUCAUUGAGAUAUCGAUGAACAUGGAAGAUGAGGAUCCAGAAGUCAGUAACUCCCCUUGUAGUUCCAACACUCCUCCACCCCCACCAAGUGUGAAAUCCAUGCCAGACUUAGAUUUGCUCACAGUUGUGUCUAUAAUCCAGUCAUGUUCUCAAGGUAUGAACAAGGUGGUGGAAUCAUUGCAGCAAAAGUUCCCCGAUGUCUCAAAGGCCCGCUUAAGAAGUACAGUGCGGGAGAUAUCGAAUUUCGAGGAUAACCGAUGGCAGGUGAAAGAGGAAAUAUUGUCAAAGCUCGGAUUAACGCCAUCACCAGACAAAGGCGUUAAGAGGGCAAAAACAAUCUCCUCGUUCUUUUCGAAACGUUGUUUGCCUCCAUCAUCAAAGUCACCCGAGCCAUCUCUGAAGCCAAGAACUAUGCCCCAGGAGCCAGAUGGAUGCAAGGACUAAAACAACUAACAAGUCUUGUCUCUAUAUCUCACAUCUUGUCUCAAUCCUUCAACUUUGGCCCCAUCUUUCGCCUUCCGAGGAUGCAGAUUUUCUGAUCCGUAAUUGCAUCCCGAGGUUUAUUACUUGUAAAGACUUGAGAAUGAGUCUUGUGGCAUAUGUGCAAGUAUGUAAUUUUUAGACUUAUAAGCACUUGCGGAGUAAAAAAUGGGUUUUUGUCACAUUAGAAUUGCUCAAGCUUUUGUUGCCGAAUUAAGGACAAGGUCUAAUUCACAAGAAAGAAACCUUUUGUAA